GGGAUAGGAACUUCGGUAUAAGCAUCAUUUGUACCUGCAGCACUAGCACCAAUGAUCUUACGGCGUGAGUCACUGUCAUAUAAUUACCCCGCGAUCCAUUUCGACCAAUAUGGAAAUAUGUCCGCUCACCACAACGUUUAUAAACACCAUAGUAAUGCUCAAUCUAUCUAUAUGUUUCCAAAUCACUAAAAUUCGAAACGCAAUUUCUUUCUACUCAGCAAAAAUGUCGACCUCACGUCUUACAAGUAAAGACAUCGGAUACGUUCCCGGCCAACUCCCACCAGGACCCAAAAACUCCAUCCUCGAUGUUCCAGGAGUUCAUGUCGGCCAAAAUACCGUUGGAAAUGAUGGCGAAGAUGUCCGUAAAGGUGUUACUGUCAUUUUUCCCCGCCAUCCUGAUGAUAUCACCAUCCCCUGUUAUGCGGGACUCCACACGCUUAACGGAAACGGAGAAUUGACAGGAAAUUACCAGAUUAAAGAUUGGGGAUAUUCUAAUACCCCAAUCGCGAUAACCAAUUCUCUCUCACUGGGAACCGUCUACCAAGCUCUCUGGCAGCGCGUUCUCGAUCUUGCUGCAAAGAAAGAAACUCCCGUUAAAGAAAUCUCUCACAAUUACGGUACACCUAUUGUAGGAGAAACCGCGGAUUUAAUCCUUAACGAUGUUUACAAAUCCCCAUUAACUCUCGAAGAGGUAAAACCUGCGCUCGAAAACGCAUUGACGCAAAAAGAAGUUCAAGAAGGUCAGUUUGGAGGUGGAGCCGGUAUGACUUGUCAUUUGUUUCCUGGUGGGACGGGGACUAGUUCGAGGGUUUUCGGAGAGGUGCCUUGGGAGAGUGGGGAGGGAGAGAAGAAAUUCACGGUCGGGGUGCUGGUGCAGAGUAAUUAUGGACAUUUGAGGGAUUUUAUAGUUGGCGGAGUGCCGAUUGGAAGGUUGUUGUUGAAAGAGAGUAAGGAGUUAGAGGAGAAGGAGAGGGCAAGUGAGAAGAAUGGAAAGAUUGGAGAAGGGAGUAUUAUUAUUAUCCUCAUCACCGAUGCGCCACUUCUCCCUCACCAACUCAACCGCGUAGCCCGUCACUGCGCAGUGGGACUUUCCCAAGUUGGAGGCCACGGUGUUGGUCGCAAUCACUCCGGCGAUAUUAUUCUCGCUCUCUCUACCGGCAACAAACCCACAGAGACAGUCGACACGCCACAAGUCAAUGGACUUUCAAAGAUCGAAGUAAAUGAUAUCAAAGUCAUCCGAAAUGAAAGUAUCGAGACACUUUUCCGAGCCGCGAGUGAAGCGACCGAGGAAGCGAUUUUGAAUUCGAUUAUUGCGGGGAGAGAUGGGAGAACGGGAGUCAAUGGGUAUAGAUUGGAGGGAAUCCCAGUAGAGAAAGUGAGGGAGUUGGUGGCGAAGUAUAGAGUAAAUAUUGGUGAUGAGAGUUGUCUUACUUCGGGGGAGUAUCUUGCGUUGCCAAAUAAGGGUGCACAGUGAGAGGGUAUGCAGUGCCUUGAAUGAGAAAAGAGUCAUCUAAGCUUCUCGACUGAAUGUGUUAGAUGAAGAAAUUAACUAUGUUGCUCUCACAGACUAGUAAAUCCGCAACUCUGUUUUUUAUUGGGAAUGGAUCUUGAGCAAGGAUCUUGGAAGAACUUAUACCAAUCUGCAACUGAGAGGUAUGAUGAGAUUGAAGAAUUGAAUUCGAAAAAAGUCAUAUCAGUUUGUCAUGAGUCGAGUCGAGUAGAUCAGAUAGAAUAUUAUGAUUAAACACAAUGAAAAACGAUCGGGUGUUCGCA